CUGGCCCGCCCCUCGCUGCCGCCGUCGCGUCGGCGGCCGGGCCGCAGCUGUCGGCCGCCGUAGCCCCUGCGAGGGGAGCCCGUGGCCGGGCUGGGAGGAAGAGAAAGGCGGCGAGAGUCGGGUUCCAAGAUGGCGGCGGCGCUGCGGUAGCUGCUGAGGCGGCGGAGCGGCGCCAGCGGGGGCCCGAGCCGGGGCGCGGCCUCGCUUCCCUCUGUCUCGGCGCCGGGGAGCCAUGAAAAGCGGCGCGUUGGAGGCCCCGCCGUGCCCCUGAGCCGCCCGGCGGCCCCGCUUCCUCUCCUCGUUCCAUCGCCCCCUACCCCCCCCCCCCACUCCCGGAGGCGGAGCGGGCCCGGGGCCGGCGCGGAGGCCCGAGGCCGGGGCUGCACCAUGUCGGACACCCGUCGGCGGGUGAAGGUCUACACCCUCAACGAGGAUCGGCAAUGGGACGACAGGGGCACCGGGCACGUCUCCUCCACCUACGUGGAGCGGCUGAAGGGGAUGUCGCUGCUCGUGCGCGCCGAGUCGGACGGUUCACUACUGUUAGAAUCGAAGAUAAAUCCUAAUACUGCAUAUCAAAAACAGCAGGACACCCUGAUUGUUUGGUCAGAAGCAGAAAACUAUGAUUUAGCACUGAGCUUUCAAGAAAAAGCUGGCUGUGAUGAAAUCUGGGAAAAAAUCUGUCAGGUUCAAGGUAAGGAUCCUUCAGUGGAAGUCACACAGGACCUGAUUGAGUCAGAAGAGGAACACAUAGAAGAAAUGCCUGAAACUAGCCCUUUGAUCGACCUCCCUACUUGUGAACUCAACAAACUUGAAGAGAUUGCUGACCUAGUUACCUCUGUUCUCUCCUCACCCAUCCGUAGGGAAAAGCUGGCGCUGGCCUUGGAGAAUGAAGGCUACAUUAAAAAACUCUUACAGCUUUUCCAAGUCUGUGAGAAUUUAGAGAACACUGAAGGCUUGCAUCAUUUGUAUGAAAUUAUUAGAGGAAUUUUGUUCCUCAACAAAGCAACUCUGUUUGAGGUGAUGUUUUCUGACGAGUGUAUUAUGGAUGUUGUUGGAUGCCUUGAGUACGAUCCUUCUUUGGCUCAGCCCAAACGACACAGAGAGUUCUUGACCAAAACAGCAAAAUUUAAGGAGGUUAUUCCUAUAACAGACUCUGAACUCAGGCAAAAAAUCCACCAGACUUACAGGGUACAGUAUAUUCAGGACAUCAUCUUGCCGACACCGUCUGUUUUUGAAGAGAAUUUUCUUUCUACCCUCACUUCCUUUAUUUUCUUCAACAAAGUUGAGAUUGUCAGUAUGUUACAGGAAGACGAGAAGUUUUUGUCUGAAGUUUUUGCACAGUUAACAGAUGAAGCCACAGAUGAUGACAAACGAUGUGAACUGGUUAACUUUUUCAAGGAAUUCUGUGCAUUUUCUCAGACAUUACAACCUCAGAACAGAGAUGCAUUUUUCAAAACAUUGGCUAAGUUGGGGAUUCUUCCAGCUCUGGAAAUCGUAAUGGGAAUGGAUGACCUGCAAGUCAGAUCUGCUGCUACAGAUAUAUUUUCUUAUCUAGUAGAAUUUAGUCCAUCCAUGGUGCGAGAAUUUGUAAUGCAAGAGGCCCAGCAGAGCGAUGAUGAUAUCCUGCUCAUCAAUGUGGUCAUCGAGCAGAUGAUCUGCGACACGGACCCGGAGCUGGGGGGAGCUGUGCAGUUAAUGGGCCUCCUGCGUACCCUCAUCGACCCAGAGAACAUGCUGGCCACAGCUAAUAAAACAGAAAAGAGUGAGUUCCUCAAUUUCUUCUACAACCAUUGUAUGCAUGUCCUGACUGCCCCGCUUCUGGCUAACACAGCAGAGGAGAAAUGUGAAAAAGAUGCAGUAGUUGGGUCCACUAAGAGUAAUACCAUUUGUCCUGAUAAUUACCAAACAGCACAACUACUGGCCUUAAUUUUGGAGCUGCUUACGUUUUGUGUGGAACACCACACAUAUCACAUCAAGAACUACAUCAUGAACAAAGACUUGCUAAGGAGAGUACUGGUCUUGAUGAAUUCCAAGCACACGUUCCUGGCUUUGUGUGCUCUGCGCUUCAUGAGGAGGAUAAUUGGCCUCAAAGAUGAGUUUUAUAACCGUUACAUCACCAAGGGAAACCUGUUUGAACCAGUUAUAAAUGCUCUGUUGGAUAAUGGAACGAGGUACAACCUGCUCAACUCUGCCGUGAUUGAGCUGUUUGAAUUCAUCAGGGUGGAAGACAUCAAGUCCCUUAUUGCACAUAUAGUUGAAAACUUCUAUAAUGCACUUGAAUCUAUCGAGUAUGUUCAGACUUUCAAGGGGCUGAAGACGAAAUACGAGCAAGAAAAAGACCGACAAAGCCAGAAGCUGAACAGUGUCCCAUCUAUAUUGCGUAGUAAUAGAUUCCGCAGAGAUGCGCGAGCCCUGGAGGAGGAUGAGGAAAUGUGGUUCAAUGAGGACGAGGAGGAAGAAGGGGAAGCUGUUGUGCCUCCAGUGGAGAAGUCGAAGCAGGAGGAUGAUUUUCCAGAUAGCUAUGAAAAGUUUAUGGAAACUAAGAAAGCUAAGGAGAGCGAAGACAAAGAGAAUCUUCCCAAAAGGACUUCAGCUGGGGGAUUCAAAUUCACUUUCUCCCACUCAGCCAGCGCAGCCAACGGUGCCAACGGCGCCAACAGCAAAUCCGUGGCGGCUCAGACGGCGCCGGCCAGUUCCAACGGCGGCUCCUCCAAGAACAGCAGCCUGAGCACGGCCGUCACGGCCACCAAGGGAAGUCUCGUUGGCCUAGUGGAUUAUCCUGAUGACGAAGAUGAGGAUGAAGAGGAGGAGACAUCUCCGAGGAAAAGACCUCGUCUGGGUUCAUAAACCAAACCAAAACCUGGGCAUACAAAAAAAGCCUUGUACUGUGGGGUUUCAAAUGCUGCAGCUGUUUUAAGAGCUAAAAGAGGAUCUGAUGCAGAAAGCUUUUCUCCCACGAGUAUAUCCGAUAAAUCCAAGGAGUAGCAGAAGACGCUCGGUGUGUCAGCUAGAAAGGGUUAGUUCUGUAAACACAAAGCUUCCAAGGAACUGAAUGUCUUUCUAGUCAAGUGCAAGGAGCCUGUCCCUCAGGCUGCCAAAAACACAAAACAUGUACAAAAUUAAAAAAAAGGACAAAAAAAGAAAUAAAAGACAAAAAAAAAACCAAGAAGCCAAAUGGGUUGAGCUCGAGAGACCCGGCUGGGGCAGGGCCGGGCGGCAGCUCCUGCCGCGGCCUCGCAGGGUUUCCCCAGAGCCUCAGAGGAGGCAGGGGACGAGAAAUAAAGACUCAAGCUUCGGUUUCCAACCCGGUGAAUCUCGGUUUUGUAAAUGGUGCUGUCAGUUGUGUUCUUUUAGCAAUGCCUCUUUUUAAACAACACACCCAGGUCUUGGAGGGGAAACUGACUCUGUUUGUUUGCAGAAGGACAGCCCCCAGGUGGGGACCGAUGGGUGCCAGGUGGUUGGAGGGAGGGACGCUGCAGUCAGUGCGUGUUGAGUUCGCUGGGGACUGUUACAACAGGUUUUAGUUGGUCUUUUUCAAGAGGAGAGAAUGGAAGCUGGGUUCCAAGUGAAUGGGUUUGCUCGUUUCGUGGGCGUCCAGGGACGGUGGCUCCUGUGGGGGGCACAGCCCCGGGCACCCCCUUGGGGGAGCAGGGAGCUGUCUGUCCUGGCAGCACAGAGCCCCAUCACCACCAGGUAACAAACACUAACGGCUCCAGCGGCCUUUUAACACCAAAGUCACUUUGGACCAAGAUGAAAUUGUUCCUACCACAGCAGGGGCGUUGGAGGGACGGGCAGCACCCGGCUUGGGGGUCACAGCCAGGCUGCUUUUCAAACAAAUCCAAGCACAUUCCACGUGGCAGGGUGAGCCAACUGCCAGGGCAGGGCCAGGAGGCAGCCACAGGCCAACAGUCCAGGUUUUCUUUUCCAGAGUGAACUGUAAAUAUUUUAAUGUUAGUUUUGCCCAGACGUGAUCCGAGAUCAUGAGGAAGCGAGAGGAAAGCGACGUGUCAGAGACGUCACCCAGGCGAGAGCGGCUGCCAGCCCAGCACGUAGAUCACUUGUAAUAGGUGUUAAGGGUCCAUUUCUCCUGGGAUAGUUUGAACUGAAGCAGUUUCUCUGUUUUGGAGACCCCUCUUGGUUUUUUUCUUCUGUAGUUUAGCUAUUGUUUGGAAAGAGAUGGGCUGUCUGUGUAGAUAUGAACUAUAGUUUUUUUUCCAUAAAACAGAAGUUUAUUUUGUAUUAAAGAUGCCACUGUACUUGUUUGACA